UUACAAAUUCAUUCCUGCGUUUCCUCACAUCUCCCUCUUCGUCUUCUCUCUCUCUGUCUCUCUCUCUCUGUUUCCUCACUUCUCCGCCAGAUUUCUGCUUCUGUUGUUGAAAUCUCACUGUUUUAUAUAUUUUUGUCUUUUUCAAAGAAGAAAAUGUCAGGUGUGGGACAGGUUUUCGGAGGGUCUUUCCUCUCGGCCUUCCUUCAGGUGGCCUUCGACAGGUUUGCCUCUCCCGAGUUGUUGGAUUUCAUACUCCGAUGGGAAAUCGACUUGGAUGAAGUGGAGUCACUGAAGCGGACAUCAGCCAUGAUUCAGGCCUUAUCGGAUGAAGCUGAAGUGAAGCAAUUCACCAACGUUGCCGUGAAGCUGUGGCUCGACCACCUCAAACAGCUCCUCUAUGAUGCAGAGGACAUACUGGACGAGUAUGCCACUGAACUUCUACGCCUGAAAUUGGAAUCUGCUCACCAAACCCGACAGGUACGCAACCCCCCUGUUCCUCUCACACCAUCAAGUACUGAAAGUAGUGUUUCUUCUUGGUUGAACUCCGGCCUAGAAUCUGCUUUAGAAGGAAUAAAAGGCAUUGCGCCUAAGGUUUAUAACAUCACCGAAGACCUGCAGGGAAUUAAAGGGAUCCAUUCAAAAGUAAGGGAUAUCAACAUGAGGUUAAAAAGUGUAGCACAAGAAGGUGUUGCUCUAGGUUUGAACUUGAGCAUCGGAUCUGGGUCCUCAAGGCCCAAGGUAUUCAGUCAAAGGCCACCAACGAGUUCUUUAGUGAAUACAUCGAAUGUUUUCGGCAGAGAGGAAGAUAUGGAGGAGAUUUUCAGAUGGUUGAUAUCAGAUAACACUCCAAGUAAUGAUGUUAAUAAUUUCUCAGUGCUGCCCAUAGUGGGCAUGGGUGGGGUUGGAAAGACAACCCUUGCUCAACUUGUUUAUAAUGAUGAAAGAAUUGAGAAGCAUUUUGGUCUGAAAGCUUGGGUUUGUGUCUCGGAAGAUUUCGAUCUGGUGAGGUUAACUAAAGAAAUUCUUGAGUCAGUCACUAGAUCAUGCCCUCCUUCUAAUUCACUGGACCUGUUACAGCUGAAACUUAAAGAAGCAUUGAGCAAAAAAAGAUUUUUAUUGGUUUUGGAUGACAUGUGGAACGAGAUCUAUGACAGAUGGGAUGCCUUAAGGACCCCUUUUGCAUUCGGUCAACGAGGGAGCAAGAUAUUAGUUACAACACGGAACAAAGGCGUUUCAUCAAUCGUUCGCACUGUUCCGUACGAUAUUUAUCUAAAAGGUCUUCCAAAUGAAGCUUGUUUUGCACUCGUUCAAAGGCAUGCUUUCAUGGAUGAAAAAUCAUCUGAUGCAAAUCAAAAGUUGGAAGUAUUUGGAGAUGAAAUUGUGAAGAAAUGUAAGGGUUUACCUUUGGCUAUAAAGACACUUGCUGGCCUCUUGCGAGAUAAAAGGGAUAACUAUGAGUGGAAAGAUAUUUUAGAGAGUGAAAUAUGGGAUUUAAGAGAGAGUGAGAUCCUUCCAUCACUCAUAUUGAGUUACCAUCAUCUUCCACCGCAUGUAAAGAGAUGCUUUGCAUAUUGUGCUUUGUUUCCCAAAGACUACGAAUUUAGCAAGAGUGAAUUAGUUGCCUUGUGGAUGGCAGAAGGUCUUGUUCAACCAAAAGAAAAGAAACGGCUGGAAGAUAUAGGGGCUGGGUAUUUUGAUGAAUUAGUAAUGCGGUCAUUCUUUGAGUUAUCUAUUAAUCAUCAUUCUUGGGCAACAGGAUCGCUCUUUAUUGAUUUAUCAAAAGAAAAAUACAACAGGUCAUUAUUUGAGUCAUCCGAUAAUGCGAGAUCACCAUUUGUGAUGCAUGAUCUAAUCCAUGAUUUAGCACAAUAUGUUUCAAGUGGAAUAUAUUGUAAGAAAGAGUAUGAUAAGUCAUCACCUGUUCUUCCUACAACUCGCCACUUGUCCUAUGUUAUGCACAAUUAUAAUGUUGAGGCGACAGAGUUUGGGGCAAUGAAAAGUUUACGCACCUUUCUAACUCUAAAUGAUUUAGCUGGUAGUCCUAAGCACUUUUUUUCCACUUUGGAAUUCCAAUUCCAAUUCCUACGUGUGCUACGUUUCAGAAAUUGCUGCAAUUGUGAGUUGCCUGAUUCAAUUGGCAAGUUGAAACAUCUAAGGUUUCUUGAUCUCUCGUUUUCUGAUAUUGUAAGGUUGCCCGACUCGAUUGGAAAACUUUACAAUCUACAAUUGUUAGCCCUUACUGGUUGUGGUAGGCUUAGAAAGUUGCCUAACGAUAUGAGUAACCUCAUAAAUCUUCGAUAUCUUGUUCUCCCUGCAGAUUGGGAUUUCCAUAAAAUUCCAUUAGGAGUGGGUAACAUGAGUUGUCUUCAAAUGUUGAGCACAAUCUAUGUAGGGCAAAAAAAUAAGUUAUCACAAUUGCGUGGGAUUCGGGACAAUUCAAGUUUGGAAGAUGUAGGCAACAAUUGGGUAGAAGCCAUAGUGGCCAAGCCACACCUUCUUAAGCCACACCUUCUUGGGCUACAGCUGCACAAUCUCACAUCACUCCGAGUACUUCGAAUAUCAAACUAUCAGAAUCUGGAGUCACUAUCCAAGGAACUAUACACUCUUACAUCUCUCCAAAGAUUAGUAAUCAAAAGUUGCCCUGCUCUUGUGUCCCUCCAAGAAACAAGGUUACCCACAACACUUAAAGAAUUAAAGAUCUUUGAUUGCGAGAAGUUGGGGUCACUACCAAAGGAGCUUCAGACCCUAACUUAUCUCAAAGAAUUUGUAAUUGAUAGUUGUCCUGCUCUAGUAUCCUUCCAGGAAACACGGCUACCCUCUGCACUUGAAGAAUUGGAGAUCAUUGAUUGUGAGAAUUGGGAGUCCUUAACCAUGGAACUAUUGCACAACCUCACGUCCUUCCAAAGAUUUGUAAUCAAAGAGUGUCCUGUUCUUGAAUCCAUUCCCGAUAUGGGUUUAUCCACUGUGCUUCAAGAAGUAUCAAUUCUAAAUUGUGGGCAGUUGAAUUCCUUGCCCAAGGGGCUGCACAAAGUUACAAGUCUUCAACGACUGGAAAUUGUAGAGUGCUAUUUUCUUAUGGAGUGCAAGAAUCUUGAACCCCUACAUACCUCAGGUCUUCAUAAUCUUGUAUCUCUUUCAUAUCUCACCAUUGGUGGAUGUCAUGCUCUCGUGUCCCUUCCAAAUGGCCUGCUUCCCACCAACCUUCGGGAUGUUUGCAUCAAGGACUGCCCAAUUCUUGAAUCCCUAUAUGAUGGACUCUCUGAUCUAACAUCUCUUAAACGUUUGGAGAUCCAGAAUUGUCCAAAGCUGACUCAACGGUACCAAACGAAGGAAGGAGAAGAGUGGUCCAAGAUUGCCCACAUCCCUAAGGUGAUAAUUGAUGGCAUAUGGCAAUAAAUCCUAAACAUCACAUGUGGGUCUGGCCUCUUAUAAUUAAAUCUAUGGAUGGAGUACUACAGACAGUGUGUCUAUUAUGCAACACUACAACAAAAGCAGAGAUGCAUUGCAGCUAAUAUAUUGAGGAGAAUCACGAGAUGGAAUGGCUUUCUUUGAAAAUGCUCAAGAACAAAGAAAAAGUGGCAUGGCAUUUUCAUGGAACUUUAAUUUCUCUCGGAUGGAAUGCUUUUCUUGGAAAGUGCUCAGGAAUUGACGCAAAGUGACAUAGCAAUUGCAAGGACCUUUUCAGCAAAUUAAUGCAACCUAGCUUUGUAUCUAUAAGGUAUCACUUAUCAGCAUCCCAUUAGUUUUCUGCCUACCCUGAAGCUUCAAUUGGUCACCAAAAAUCAUGGAAGUUCAAUUCAGUAGGAAUCUGUUCUGCAAGUCAGCAAGUUAUGCUAUGCAGAGGAUACGCUUCCACACAGGUUGUGGAAUUGUCCAAUGCUGACACAACGGUACCAAAAGAAGGAAGGAAUAGAGUGGUCCAAGAUCCCAAAUCACUAAGGUGAUAAUAGAUGGCAUAUGGCAAUAAAACCUACACACCAUCUGUGGGUCUGGCUCUUAUGAUUAAAUCUGUGGAUGGAGAGCUACAGAUAAAGAGUGUCUAUUAUGCAAAACUACAAUAAAAGCAGAGAUUUAUUGCAGCUAAUAUCGACGAGGAUCACGAGAUGGAAUAUCUUUGUUUGAAAAUGCUCAAGAACCAACCAAAAUUGGCAUGUCAAUUUCUUGGGACUUUAAUUUCUCUCAGAUGGAAUGCUUUCUUUGAAAAUGCUCAGGAAUUGACACAAAGUGACAUAGCAAUUGUAAGGUACUUUUCAGCAAAUUAAUGCAACCUAGCAUUGUAUCUAUAAGGUAUCACUUAUCAGCAUCCCUUAGCUUUCUGCCUUCCCUGAAGCUUCAAUUGGAAGUUCAAUUCAGGAGGAAUCUGUUCUACGUCCGCAAGUUAUGCUAUGUAGAGGUUACUCUUCCACAGUAAGUCAUGGGUAGGUUCAACUGUUCCAUCUCUCUCUCUCUCUCAUUUAUUUAUUUUUCAGCUCUUUGCAGGAUUAUUGGAUAUUAAUUAAUUAUAUUCUCACUUGCAUCCUCCACUUUUAAGUGCAAAAUACUAUCUUGUUUCCAUCUACCUUCUGCUAUAUGCAUGUGAGGCAGAGGUUUACUUUUAAUAUAUCUGUACCUUGUAACCUUCGUAAAUUUACCAUGCUUGUGGUAACCCUCCUUGGUCUUAUGGACACCUACCUAAAUUCCUUCUUUGUAAUCCUAAUUCAUAGUCCCUUCUACCAUAUCUGAUUAACAUGCUGGGAAACAACUAUGCUUGGGGUACAAUCCUCUUCUUGAUUAUGAUUUCUAUUAUAACUGUAUAAGUUAAAUAAACUCUAUUUCAUUUUCGAUCUUAAAUAAAAUGUUGAUUGUGGAAUUACAUGAUAUCUAGUGCUUGUAAUCUUUUGCUUGCAUCAUGUGGCCGCCGCCAAAUAAAUUGGUUUUCAUCAACAAAAAACCACUCUAUGGUGUUAUUUGUUUUCAGUAGCUUCUGUGACCUGGUCAAUGUUCUAGAAAGGAACUAGAAGCACACAACCACACUUGACCAGGAUCACUUAUAACUUGAUUAUAGCAGAACAGGAACAGAAUAGAGGAAUAAUAGGAAAAAUUCAAAAUCCAUAGUCGAUCUACCUAGAUUUCUGGUCGGAUAUACUUUUAUAAUAGAUCUUUCAGUCUGAUGUAAUAACUUUGAAAAUCAGAGAUUAAUAUGGAUGAUUUCAAGCCUGCUUGCUGUUCAAGCUAAAAGUCAAGAACUAAGAAAUAUCAGCAGAAUCAGAUGAGAAGAAUUGAGAAAUGUUCGAUAAUAAUGUAAUGGAUCACUGAUAAAGUAAUGUGAAAGCUGGAAUUCAGUUUCAGCAAAGGUAUAGCCAGAACUAGAAAUCAGUGUAAGAGAAUUACAAGAAAUCAGAGUGACAGAGGAACUAGAAGAAGAUAUUAGAAUUAGAGGAAGAAGAACAAAGAAGAAGAGAGAGGAUUGACCUGAUAAGUAACUGAGCAGAAAAAGGAAAGAGAUCAGAUAUGGACUACUACCAGUCCACAUAUGGACAGCCCAACAACACAAAAGCUUGCCCCCCCCCCCCUCUCUCUCUCUUUCAUCCAUUGGUGUUGUGUCCAUUGAUAUGUAGCAUAAAUUAAAGUAUAUUUGGUCUAUUUGUUUUUCCAUUUGCCAGAGAACAUGAUCUCCAAAGGAAUGCUCAUUUUAUAGCUAAUUUGUGUAUGCACUCUGGACGUACUCUUAACCCAUGUAACGAAUUAGUGAUGCUCAAAAUCCUAUAAAAUACAAGGGCUUAGCAGGAAGAUUAAACCAUGCAAUCAGAAUGUUAAGAUGGUUGCAAGCGCCACUAUGACCUUCGGUAUUGAACACUACAUUUGUAUUUAUUGUGAAGCACUGCAUCUUGAAUUUGAAAUCCGAACUCUCCUACCAAGCUGCAACAGAGCGAGGCUGCACAUUCUAUGCCAUGUCAGAAACGAUACUAUUUGUAAAUAUCAUUUUAGUUUCCGACUUACUUUUCUGCUUUUUUAGUUGGACCAAAAGAUUUAAUCUCAGUUUUAAUUUUAUGAUGUUGUUCAAUUGACUAUGACAGGUAGAGGUGGAAACUGGUAUACAAUUAAAUCUAGAAGACAUGGUUAACCUCACAGCCUUCCUGGAUCCAUCAAUUAUUGGAAGCAAGGUAGAGAUUGGGAUUAUUAGAGAAGAUUGUGUCCAUUGCAUGUUUGGGUGUCAAAUUAUGCAGUGGAUUGGCUUUGUAAUUUUGACCCCAUGCUAAUUGUGUUUUGUACAAAUAAGUUUUAGCGUGACCCAGAUUCCUUUUGAACGUAGAUAUUAUUGGUUGUGGAGAGAGUUUUCUUUUGGACAUCACAUCUCUAUUUGAUUAAAUAUUACAUUGUCUAAUCCGCAUUAAAC